AUGCCUCCUCUCUGGAUUCUUUUGCUGGUAUUCUCGGUGUUUUCUGUUCUUGGGGAAGAAGAAUUCAAUGAGAAAAUCAACAUGAAAUUGGAUGUUACUUGCUCUGUUCGACCGGAUUGGUGUUUCAAUAUCACAAUUUUCACUGUCAAAGUUGUCAAGAAACUUCCAGUCGAUAUUUAUCCGAAAGUUAAAACCAUUCUCCAGAAGUCGUUCUGUUCCAAGACAGCACUUUCCAGCCAAUUGUUCGAAGACGUCAGCGUCGUUUCCCCAUUCAAAAACGGAUUCCGUGCCAACUACCAACUCUCUCACACGUGUUCUUCCGAUGGAAAACCUGAUUGUGUGGUUCUAGACAGUCCUUAUUUUAUUACUUUCGGAAAGGAAUUCAAGUUUGCUCCUCAUAAAAUUGGAGUUCUCGCUGGACGAGGAGAAUGUAAAGAAUGA